AUGCUCGCCUCUCAAGCAAGAAGAUUCAAGCACUUUCUGCUAACCUAUAAGUAUGUCGAAGGCAUGGUUGAUAAAAGAGUCCCUUAUAGAGAAUCACACCUAGCUCAUGCAAGAGCAUACGAAUCAAGAGGGUUAAUUCUAGGAGGAGCUUUACAAAACCCUAUCGACACUGGGGUUCUUUUAUUUGAAGCAGAUGAAAGAAUGAUCAAAGAGUUUGCUCAAAAUGAUCCAUAUGUAAUCAAUAGAUUGGUCACUGAUUAUACCAUUAGAGAAAUCAUGAUUGUUGCUGGAAGCUUGACGAAGAAAUAA